UUUUUUUGAAAGGCUUUGGGAAUCAUCGGAGUUUUCACUCACACACACACACUACACUUCCCACUGCGUGUGUUCUUCCAAUCGAUGUCGUCGUUAACCUAUCUAAUCCGUCGAAAAACCAGACCUCUACCUCUUCGGUUCAGGGAAUUCUCAUCUAAUUCGCAGAAAUUAAUCAACCCAGCAAGUGCGAGAAUUGAGAAGAUACUGAUCGCGAAUAGAGGCGAAAUUGCGUGCAGGAUUAUUCGAACUGCCAAGAGGUUGGGGAUUCGAACCGUAGCGGUUUACAGCGAUGCAGAUGAGAGCAGCUUGCAUGUCAAGUCGGCUGAUGAAGCCGUUCGUAUUGGACCCCCGCCGGCUCGGCUCAGCUACUUGAGCGCUCCCUCCAUUAUCGAAGCCGCUUCCAGGACCGGCGCUCAGGCUAUCCACCCAGGUUAUGGUUUCUUAUCAGAAAGCGCCGACUUCGCUCAACUCUGCGAAAACGAGGGUUUUACGUUUAUUGGACCUCCUGCUUCUGCAAUUCGCGACAUGGGUGAUAAAAGUGCUUCAAAGAGAAUAAUGGGAGCAGCAGGAGUGCCCCUUGUGCCUGGAUAUCACGGUAAUGAACAAGAUAUUGAUUUAAUGAAGUUAGAAGCUGACAAAAUUGGAUAUCCUGUAUUGAUCAAGCCAACUCAUGGAGGUGGAGGGAAGGGUAUGAGGAUUGUGCAGAGUCCUAACGAUUUUGUUGAUGCAUUUAUUGGAGCACAACGAGAGGCUGCUGCAUCUUUUGGAAUAAAUACUAUCCUCCUGGAAAAAUAUAUAACAAAACCAAGGCACAUCGAAGUCCAGAUCUUCGGGGACAAAUACGGUAAUGUUAUACAUUUAAAUGAAAGAGACUGCAGUGUGCAGAGGAGACACCAGAAGAUUAUUGAAGAAGCUCCUGCUCCAAACAUCAGCAAUGAUUUUCGGUUGCACUUGGGUCAAGCGGCUGUAUCUGCAGCCAAGGCAGUCAGUUACCACAGUGCUGGCACCGUUGAGUUUAUAGUUGAUACUGUUUCUGGGCAAUUUUAUUUUAUGGAGAUGAACACCCGUCUUCAGGUUGAACAUCCUGUUACUGAGAUGAUUGUUGGUCAAGAUCUUGUGGAGUGGCAAAUACGUGUUGCUAAUGGGGAACCUCUUCCUAUCAGUCAAUCACAGGUACCCUUGUCAGGCCAUGCUUUUGAAGCCCGGAUAUAUGCUGAGAAUGUUCCAAAAGGAUUUCUCCCUGCAACUGGAACUCUUCAUCAUUAUCAUCCUGUUCAAGUUUCUUCAGAAGUUAGGGUCGAGACUGGAGUUGAGCAGGGAGACACAGUUAGCAUGCAUUAUGAUCCGAUGAUAGCUAAACUUGUAGUAUGGGGUGAAGAUCGAACACGUGCAUUAAUCAAAAUGAAGGAUUGCUUGUCAAAAUUUCAGGUUGGAGGUUUGCCGACCAAUAUUGAUUUUCUCUUCAAACUCGCAAAUCAUGAAGCUUUUGAAAAUGGAGAAGUUGAAACACAUUUCAUUGAAAUGCAUAAAGAUGAUCUAUUCGUCGAUCCAAAUGAUCAGUUGUCAAGUCAAGUAGUAUAUAAUGCUGCUGUACAUAGUGCCGCCUUUGCAGCUGCAUGUGUUUGUGAAAAAGAGCAUGCAGUAAUGAAGGAAAGUUCAGCUGGUAGCGCUUCUGUAUGGUACGCCAAUCCUCCUUUCCGAGUCAAUCACUGUGCUAAGUGUACAAUGGAGCUUGAAUGGGAAGAUGAAUCUAGCAAGGGUGGCUCGAUACUUGUGCCAGUACAUGUCACUUAUCUGCCCAAAGGGAAAUAUCGAAUCGAGACUGGAGGAAGCAGUUCUUCUGAUCUCGAGCUGAAUGUAGUGCACUUGAGAGACCACGAUUAUAGAGUUGAGCAUGGUGGUAUAAGCACGAUUGUCAGCUUAUCUGUUUACCAGAAGGAUCAUAUGGAGCACAUUGACAUCUGGCAUGGAUCGUGUCAUCAUCAUUUUAAACGGAGAAAGGGAAUCGACCUAGCUGAUGUCGACGAAUCCGACCAUAAAUCUGCUGCUGACGUGGCGUCCUCGCAUCCACCUGGAACGGUGGUGGCUCCUAUGGCUGGUUUAGUAGUUAAGGUUUUGGUGGAGGAUGGGGCAAAUGUUGUGGAGGGGCAACCUAUAUUGGUUUUAGAAGCUAUGAAAAUGGAGCAUGUGGUGAAGGCAACAAGUGCUGGUUGCAUCGGUGGGCUCCGCGUUAGUGCUGGCCAACAGGUUUCUGAUGGUCUCGCUCUAUUCAGUAUAAAAGGGUGAGUGAAACUUGCGGAUCAUUCUUGCAAGUAUUUGUCGGCAAGACUCGUAAAGUAUGGCAGGGGGCUGACCUUGGGAUAAGAGUUUUUACUAGGUGAUGAUGUUACCUCAUGUAUAUGUAAAUAUUAAUUUCAGUUUCUUAUCGCCGACAAUAAUAUUCAAAAAUGUAACAAUAGAUCGAAAAUUGAUAAUGUGGUACAAUGUAAUAGAUAUUUCACUGGGGUGACCACCUAUUUGAAUUUAGGUUCAAUCAUAUUCUUAGACAACAAAAUAA